GCAACCCUAAUGAGACCGAAAGGACGAAACACAUGCUGUUAUGUUUGUAGGAGGUCUCUCUUUCUCUUUCUCUUUCUCCCUCUCUCUGUGUCCCUGCUUCUCUCUUUCUCUCUCCCUCUCCCUCUGUGCGUGAGCGACUGUUACUGAACAUACAGCGCCUGUUAGUGAGAGCCAGUCAAGGCAUCUGUAUUGUAUCAGAGACCCGUUUAAAGAGCGUCCUCCUGGGCCCGAGUCAGAAUUUAUUUAGGCACUCGUCAGCUCACCUGAAGACUGAAGUCGUCCCAGAGCAAAAGAAAUGGACUGUCACAAUGAGGAGUGCAGCCGACCCCAGGAGGAGGAGGACAUCUUGGACAUCCCCCUGGACGACCCUGAGGCUAACAGAGCCGCUGCCAAGAUCCAGGCUGGCUUCCGCGGCCACAUGACCCGUAAGAAGAUGAAGCCAGAGGACAAAACCGAAGGGGAGGAGGUGAGCAGCACUGGGGAUGUGCUCAACAGCAGCCAGGGGGGCUCAGAGACAGGAAGAUCGGGGGCAGUAGAGAGAGACGACACAUCUGUGCCGGAGCAGUGACGCCCCUGUCCUGACCUGGAUGAUGAGAGGGAGAGGAGUCAAGAAGAGGUAGUGAGAGAUGUGUGGCUCAAGCUGGCAUAAGCUGGUUUGCAGGCUUACCUUUUAAAUCCCACCCCCAACAAAAUCGUAUCCCUUUUUCUCCCCNCUGC